UAUGAUGAUACCGCUGAUGACUACUUGGAGAUGUUCAUCCAGUUUGGUUUUGUAAGCAUGUUCACCUGUGCCUUUCCUAUCUGCGGGCUACUGGCUCUUCUGAACAAUAUAUUCGAACUUCGAGGAGACGCCUGGAAACUCGUUGUUAUCUUCCGACGACCCUUUGCUCAACAGGCCAAUGGCAUAGGAGUCUGGGAGCACGCAUUCGAUGUUGUCAGUUACGUGGCCAUAGCUGUUAAUAUCGGUCUUAUUGGCGUUUCUGGCAGCUUGGAGCUACUGGUUCCCGGCUUGAGAGGCAUUGACUACGUUCUGCUUCUAAUUGCCAUUGAGCACGUGUUCUUUGUUCUACGCUACGGUCUCGCGCGCAUGGUUCCCCCGAUUCCCUCUGCGGUAGAAAGAAAAAUGGCAAUCUUGGAACACAAACGAAGGGAGGCUCUGCGGGUGAGUUCCCAGUUACACGCACCGAGUGUUGGGUAA